CGUGCGGACCCCGAUGGGAGCUGCGAGGCCACUGGUUACGGUGGGCGAGUCUGCCAACGGGGUCAUACUCCUAAGUCCGCUUUGGAUACCUGCUUCCUGUGGCCCCCGGGGACCCUCCCAGCAAACCCAACUCCGUGGGCAGGAAACCUGGCUCUACCCCCACACACUGCAAGCAAGGAGCACCACCGGGAGCAAUUCCUGAGCACCGCCCGGUGCGGCCCCCAAACUGAAACCAAGCGGGCGAGUUACUCUUGCAGAACCAGCCCUCCUGGACAGACACCCGUCCCCCUCGGGUGCAAUGGGAAGGGGCGUGGAGUUUUGGGGUGCAGUGGGAAAGGGUGUGGAGUUUCGGGGUUCAGGAGCAAGCACGACAGUCUUAGAACCUUCUUCCACACAGCAGCUCCCCCCUGGCCUGGCCCCAGGCAAUGUUAGCAAGUCAGAUCUGGGCUGUGCACCCCACCUGCAGACCAGCCGUCCACCCAGUGCUGCCAGGAAAUCAAAGGGGCUCUGGCCCUCAGACCCCACCCCGGUUUCAGGCAUGUCCUGGCCACACUCAGUGAUGGCCGGGGGAAGGAACUAAGACUGUAGCUGUUGCGCUGGUUUCGGCCCAAAGUCCAUCCAGGGGUCCUUGUACCUGGGAGGUUGGUCAGUGGCCCCGCUCUGAUAAGGCCAUGGGGUAAUGACCAGGGGCCUUCAACCUUUAACCCCCGGGGAAGCCCACGUGCCCCCUCCGUGCAGCACUGGCGACCCAGCUCUGUUGUUUUCUCCCCCAAGCCACCAUCCUUACACAUUAACUCGGGGCCCCCUGCCCCCCUCCCCUGUGUCCCCUCGAGACCAACUCCUGACACCGGGACAGGGGUGUUUGCUGAGGUUCUGUGUCUGAUGGCCUCAGAGACACCCUCGAGGGCUGGGGGGGAGGGGGACCCCCCGCACAAAACCCUGGGUUCACCCCCGCAUGGACACAGAACCCCAGACACGACGAACCCUUGUUUCCAUGCAGGGUCUAGCAUGCGGGGCCCACAACAGUCGCAUCCACCUCUGCAUGCUCGCCCUGCCCUGUUUACUCCCCGCUGGCCUCUGCCCCACUGGGCUCCUCAGUGUCCUUGGGGCCCGAGGGGGUGGGGAAGCGCCAGGUAUAUAACCUGCCUCCCAGCACAGCACGGGAGCACCGGGAUUCGGACAGGCCCUUUCCCAACACCACCAUGAAGCUCUUCACGGCGGCUGUCCUGCUGCUCACGGUCUGCAGCCUGGAAGGCGCCGUGGUUCGGCGACAGGCAGAGCAGGCCCCGCUGGAGGGGCUGGUGGCUCAGUACCUGCAGAGCAUGGCCAGCUAUGGCAAGGAGCUGGUGGAGCGCGCGGGGGCCCCGGAGCUGCCAAACCAGGCCAGGGCCUACUGGGAGAAGACGCAGGAGCAGCUGGUGCCCCUGGUGGAGAAGGCGAGAACAGACCUGCUCAACCUCUUCAGCAGCCUCCUGGACCGCAAACCCCAGCCGGCCGCCCAGUGAGAGGCCCGGAGCCCCCCGGAAACCGCCCCCCCCCAGCCCUGUUUUCUACAAUAAA